AUGACAGCCGGGUGCCCAGUGCGCAUGAGCGAGAAGCACUUGCGCUUUGUGAUUGGUCUGGCGGCUUCUGGGAUCUGUCAUGUGUCCCAGGUGCCGCCUUACCAUUCACAAAAAGCACCGCUUCCUGCGCAUGCGCACUUGGCACCCGGCUGUCAUGCCCACACACUACAGAAGCCGGGAAGACCGCGCCGCUGGAUAGAGGAACGGGUAAGAUGAAAGAACAACUCCACGGAAGUGGGAGCGGGUAUCUGUCAAAUUCAGGUACCCGCUCCCCCCCCUCCCCAAAGGUCAGCAGUCAUCUCUAGAAGCCGCACGCUGUCUUCCCGGCUUCUGU